AUGAAGGUCACUUCGGCUAUUGCGUUUUUCUCUCUUCUGGCCUCUGGCCAGGCCACCGGAUCGUACUGGGGCUCCGAGAAAUCCUACUCCAGCCCGGGUAGAUCGUCUAACAAGUGUAACACCCACCAGAGCAAGGGAUUCAGCUGGACUGACCUCGCUGCUGGCUCUUUCUCCGAGUAUGGUGGCUUUUCCUUCUCCGGUUUCACUUGUGGCAAUGGCUUUGGUUCUAGCCUGGGAAAGCGUGGCACCCAGAAAUGUAUUUCUGGUACCGUCUCCAAGGGUAGCUCCUCUAGCUCCAGUGCUGUCUCCGGCUCCCGAAGCUCCGGUUCUUCGGCUCCAUCCUUCGCGUGCGGCUCAGACGAGAGCGGUUUCUCUGUGACCAACUUCCACGUUGCCACUGAGAAGGAUACCGAAUUGCACAUCAUCUACAGCAUGCCCGAUGGAUCGACUUGCAAGAACACCGCUUCCUGCAACUCAGCCGGUACUGUGGUCACCAACGACCAGUGUGGUGGUGCUAAGUCCGUUCACUUCGAGCUGCCCGACGAUAGUGAACAUGAGAGCUGCGGUUUUGGGAUCUACAGCGUUGGCUUUGACUGCACUCCUGGUUCCACAACCACUGCUCCUGGUUCCACGACCACUGCCCCUGUUACCAGAGUUCCAGAUGAACAAAUAUCUGGGUCUGCUACCCCCAGCUCUAUCGCUGUGCCUUCGGUCUCUGUACCAGGCUCGGUUGUGGUUCCUCCAGUUACCACCUCGGCGGUUAGCACACCUCUUCGGAUGACUACAUCGACUGUGUUCACCACAAGCUUGAUCACUAUCACUAGCUGUGCUCCGACUGUCACUGAUUGCCCUGCUGGAUCAGGAUCAACCACUGUGGUGACUUCCACUAUCGCUCUUUCCACCACGGUCUGCCCCGUCACGGAGACUGCUCCUGUCCCGGAGACUUCCCCUGCCGCGGAGACUACUCCUGUCGCUACAAGCUCGUCAUCCAUCCCUGCCAUAUCUAGCCAAAGCGGUGUUCUACCUGCCAGUUCAUCGGCUGGUGUUCCUCCUUCUAGUGGCACAUCUGUUCCCGUAUCUUCAGUUUCGGCUUCUUCUCCCGUUUCCACUGCUACGAGCGAGACCCCCGCUGGAACGUCCGCCGCCUCGACCCCGCUCAUCACUACUCCCGUCCAGAUGACUACCUCAACCGUGUACACCACCAGUGAGGUCACCAUCACCAGCUGUGCCCCCGAUGUUGUUAGCUGCCCCGCAGAUUCGACUACAGUAGUGACUUCGACCAUCGCUAUCUCGACCACUGUGUGUCCCGUCACCGAGACUACUGCUGUUGCUACAAGCUCAGUAUCUGUUCCCGUCGUACCCGGCCCGAGCAGUGUUCUCCCUGGUAGCUCAUCUGCUGGUGUUCCUCCUUCCAGUGGUACAUCUGUUCCCACUUCUUCGACCUCGGCUUCUAUUUCAGCUAUUACGAGCGAGACACCUUCUGGAACUUCCGCCGCUUCAACCCCGGCGAUUACCUCCCCAGUCCGGAUGACUACCUCAACUGUGUAUACCACCAGCGAGGUCACUAUCACCAGCUGUGCCCCUGAUGUGGUGAGCUGCCCAGCAGACUCGACUACAGUAGUGACUUCGACCAUCGCUAUCUCGACUACUGUAUGUCCCGUCACUGAGACAACCCCAGUUGAUGUCGGCUCCACACCUGUACCUACCGGAACAAGCCCAACCGGCGUCUUGCCCGUUAGCUCGCCAGCUGGAUCAUCUACCCCCAGUGGCACUUCCGCUGCUUCAACCCCGGCAAUCACCACUCCAGUCCAGAUGACCACCUCCACUGUGUACACCACCAGUGAGGUUACCAUCACCAGCUGUGCCCCCGAUGUUGUCAGCUGCCCAGCGGAUUCGACCACGGUUGUGACUUCGACUAUCCCUAUUUCGACCACUGUGUGUCCCGUCACUGAGACUACCACAGCGGAUGUCGGCUCCACACCUGUGCCUACAGGCACAAGCCCAACCGGCGUCUUGCCCGUUAGCUCCCCGGCUAGCUCAUCUCCCCCCAGUGACACCUCAGCAGUUUCUACGUCGGUUGGGACCUCCUCGGCUCCUGGCGUGACCUCUGAUGUGUCGUCCCCUGCACCUUCGUCUCCUGCUGGCACUACCCCCGCCCCUGGCGAGGCCACCACCACUGUCGUUACUUAUGAGACUGUGACCACUUGCCCGGUGACCAACACCGUUACCUCCGGUAGCUCUACUUUCGUGACUACCUCAAGCACCAUUUCAACCGUCACUUUGACUACUGUCUCUACUAUUUGCACUGAGUGCUCCGCUACCGCUACCGCUACCUCUGUUUCUGGUCAAAGCACAGUUGCUUCCUCUGGUACUCCUGAGGGAUCAAGCCCUGUCUCUUCUUCAUCUGCAGAGGCUUCCAGUCCCCUCCCCAGCGGCCCCGAUGUCACUAGCUUGGUCCCAUCCAGCGUGGGCGCUGUUACCACACCCGCGAUUCCCCAAGAGUCGACUGCCACGGUUGUAACUUAUGUCACCGAGACUACCUCUCCUGUGACUGCCACUAUCACUUCUGGAUCGUCGACUUUCGUCACUACAUCCAGCGCAGUUUCAACUGUGACCUUGACCUCCACUUCUAACCUUCCUAGCUCUGUUGCGGCUGGAAGCACUCCCGCUCCCUCUGAAACCGGCGUCGCCUCUACCACUGCUCCUACGGGCCCCGUUGUCUCCAUUAUUGGCUCAUCUAGCGUCGGCGUGAGCUCUACACCCACUAUUCCCGAGGGUGCCACUACCACCGUUGUGACUUACGUGACCGAGACAACCUGUCCUGUGACUGCCACUAUCACGUCUGGAUCGUCAACUUUCGUCACGACAUCCAGCACAGUGUCAACUGUUACCUUGACCUCCACUUCUAAUCUUCCUAGCUCUGUCGCUGCCGGAAGCACUCCUGCUCCCUCUGAAACAGGCGUCGCCCCCACCACUGCUCCCACGGGUCCCGCUAUCACCAGUGUCGUCGUAUCUAGCAUUGGUGUCAGCUCUACGUCCACUAUUCCCGAGGGUGCUACCACCACCGUUGUGACUUAUGUGACCGAGACUACCUGUCCUGUAACCAACACCGUCACUUCUGGUUCUUCCACAUUUGUGACCACAUCCAACACAAUCUCUACAGUGACCCUCACCUCCGUCUCAACUAUCUGCACCCAAUGCGCCGCUACUGCUACUGCUGCCACCGAGACUCAUUCUUAUUCGACAGCCAGUAACACCGGGGCAGUCCCCAGCGGUGUCUCCCCUGUAUCGAGCCCAGCUCCCUCGGCUCCCUGCCCCAAUACCGUGCCCCAGUGCAUCAACACUUGGCUCACCCUCGCUCCCAAGUGCACAUCCAACAGCGAUGCCUCCUGCUUCUGCCCCAACAGCGAGUUCACCAGUAAAGUCAUCUCCUGCAUUCAAGCCUGGGGCGCCUCCAAGGCAGAGAUCCAAUCUGCCCUCUCCUACUUCACCGGUAUCUGCGCCACCUGGGUCCCCCAGAACCCAGGCAUCGUAACCGCCAUCCCCUCAACCAUCACCCUCAUUCCGACAGUCGCUCCUUCCGCACCUUCAUCCAGCGUCUCUGGCGCCGGUGUCACAGCCACCGCCGUCAUCCCCAUCACCUCCGCCCCCACUCCCCCCUGCACUACAAUCACCUACUCGACCUACACUGUCACUGUCCCGCAGGUCAGCUUCAUCACAAACACCGGCACCAGCUCAGGCGCCGCGCCAACCAUCGGUCUGGUCCCAGCUGGUCCCAGCGGCGCCUCCCCAGCACACAGCGGCAGUGUUCCCCGUCCCGCAUCGGCGACCUGGUUGACCUCAAGCGGGUACCCGUCCGCCAGUCGAAGCGCUAGUGGAAUUACCUCGCCCAGCGCAUCCGCAUCCCCGGUCUUCAACUCGGCCUCGAGCUUGUCGGUCGCUUCCAGUCUGGUGCUGGUUUCUAUCGCUGCUCUCUUCAGCUUGAUGAUGUAG